CAGAUUAAUAUUGGAUCCUCAAUGAGAACCACUUCGCUCAAUGAAACCGGAGCAGUUACACGUAUCAUUGUAUUCCAUAUAUACAUACAUACAUAAAAUACAUACAUAGUGUCCAGUGAAAUUAUCGGGAGUCAGCAGUGAGCAGUAUUUUAUAUUAGUCUCUGAAGUCAGGAAAGACGUCGCAAAAAGUGUCUUUGAAGAGUAAAGUCGAGUACGAGGAUGGAAUCACAUGAAAAAGUGGGAGCCGCCCUGGAUAUGGCUGAACCCAAGAAACGAGUAAAAGACUUCGACGACCUGCUACCCCUGGUCGGUGAAUUCGGCUGGUACCAGCGCCUGUUGUUCCUCAUGAUGAUACCGUACGCGUUUUUCUUCGCGUUCGUGUACUUUGGUCAGAUAUUUAUGACGCUGGUGCCUGAGCAGCAUUGGUGUUACGUUGAGGAGUUGCAGAAUAUGACUGUGGAGCAAAGGCGACAUCUUUCCAUCCCUCGCCUUGACGAGAAAUACCACAAAUGCCAAGUGUAUGAUGUGGACUGGAUGAAGGUUAUUCAAGAUGGCGUCACGGAGCCCGACACAAAAUGGCCGACCAAGAAAUGCGAGAAGCAAUGGGAGUACAACUUCACCGAUGUGCCUUAUCAGACUAUUGCCACACAGCUGAACUGGGUGUGCGACGAAGACAAUAAGGGCGCUACAGCCCAGUCCAUCUUCUUCUGCGGAGCGAUCGUAGGCGGUCUGCUGUUCGGAUGGAUUGCUGACAAGUAUGGAAGAGUUCCAGCUUUGGUCGGUACGAACAUGAUCGGCUUCGUAGCCGGUGUUGGAACAGCAUUCACCAACUCUUUCUGGUCGUUCUGCCUGUGCCGGUUCCUGGUUGGCCUGGCUUAUGAUAACUGCUUUAUGGUCAUGUACAUUGUUGUGAUAGAAUACGUGGGGCUAAAAUGGCGCACUUUCGUCUCCAACAUGUCAAUAGCUGUCUACUUCACAUUCGCUGCCUGCAUGCUACCGUGGAUAGCUUUAGGAGUGGCGGAUUGGCGCGUGUAUACCCUGGUGAUAAGCGUGCCGUUGGUGUUGGCUGUUUUCACACCCUGCUUGGUACCGGAGAGCGCGAGAUGGUUAAUAUCUCAAGGCCGCAUAGAAGAGUCGAUCAAAAUACUCCAGAAGUGUGGGAAAGUUAACGGGAAGAAGUUACCAGAUGACAUCAUUAAGGAAUUUAGAGAGACCGCAGCAGAACUCGCAAAAUCCGAACAGGAAGUCAAAAACUACUCCGCCCUGGACCUAUUUAAGACCCCCCGUCUUCGCAAGCACAGCAUCCUGCUGGUGCUGAUCUGGUGUUGCACCGCCAUGGUCUUCGAUGGUCACGUCAGGAACGUGGGCUCUCUGGGAUUGGAUAUGUUUUUGACGUUCACCGUGGCGACUGCUACCGAGUUCCCUGCGGAUGUUUUACUCAUUUCUGUAUUAGAUAUACUGGGCCGCCGAUGGCUUGCAUUUGGUUCCAUGGUGAUCAGUGGCAUUUUCAGUUUCCUGGCCACAACUGUAGCUCAAGGCAUACCAUCAGCGUCCCUAGCCAUCGUAGGCCGCUUCGCCGUGAAUAUAUCCUACAACAUCGGCAUGCAAUACGCAGCUGAACUGCUACCCACAGUAGUGAGAGCUCAGGGCUUAGCUCUCAUACAUAUCACGGGAUAUGUGGCUACUAUUCUGGUUCCAUACAUUGUAUAUAUGGCAACUAUAGCCGUGGAGAUCCCCCUCCUAAUCCUGGGCGCCUUGGGCAUCCUGGGCGGGACCCUGUGCCUGUUCUUACCGGAGUCCAUGGGCAAAGCCAUGCCGCAGACUAUCCAGGAUGGUGAAAACUAUGGUCUAGGGCAGAGGUUCUGGGAGUUUCCUUGCUGCGGAAGGAAAAAUCUACCAAAUAAAGAAGACGUCGAAACGGUUGAGAAGUAUUGAAUUAAUCACGAAUGCAGUACAUUUUUAGUGCCGUGGAGUUCUUAGGGGCUCCGCUAGCUGACGCGGAUGCGGGUGCUAUUUGUAGGUGAAAUCCGCCGCACGCGUCCGCGCCAGUUAGCGUUGCUCAUACUAUUUUUCGUUAACCCGCUCGUCCGCUCCGUGCGCCCGCGCCAGCUAGCGGAGGCCCUUACGUUUCCUGGUACUGCCAGACAAUAAAUUACUCCUUAAUUGUGGAAAUACAUUUUGACAUAAUUAUUUUUACUUACAAUCAUAAUAAAUAAAUAAUAAUAAAUCAUAUUACGCAAAUUUACAAGUCACAGAGUAAGCUCAAUAAAGCUUGUAAUAAUAAUACUUAUUAGUGAAAACCAUUUAAUUUUAAAGUGCACUAUUUGGACAUGCAAAAAUAUCUAGUAUUUUCCUGGGGGUGAAAAAUAAUUGUUAUAAGUAUCAUUGUAAAGACUUUCAUUAUAUCAUAAACCUUUGGACUAAUAUAAGGUUAUAUUUUGUUUUUGUACUAUCUCGUCUCGGUUUGAAAUAAGUGGCUAGUAUUUAAUAUUGUCCAGCGCAAAAUAAAUCUAUUGUUGUAGACGGAACAAAAAUCAGAGUUUAGGCUUCCGAAAAUGAUUUGAGUUUAAAUUUAAUUUUCCGUCUUUAUCUAAAUCUUUGUAAAUAAAAGUUAUAUACAUUGUCUAUGUAACUAACUAAUAUAAUAUAGAUGGGACAGACUUGUUAAAAAAUAAAAAAUAAAUAAAGAACAUUCACGGUAA